UCAAAUUCAACGCAGCAAGGUGAUAGAAUGUCGCAGUUUCACUGUUACCCGUGGAAGGUUUUUGCAUCGCUCGCGAUGCUGAGCUACUUCGCCCCGGAAUGCUGGACAAAAAGUGUUCCAGGUGUCGCGCAAGGUUCCUUCCCGCUGACUCUCAUCCACAUCAACGAUCUGCAUGCGCGGUUUGAUGAAACGAACCAAAAGUCAUCCGACUGUACCGACCCGAAGGAAUGUAUUGCCGGAAUAGCGCGAGUCUACCAUACCAUCAAGAAGCUGAAGAACGAGUAUAAAUCGAAAAAUCCACUUUAUCUCAAUGCGGGAGAUAACUUCCAGGGGACGCUGUGGUACAAUCUACUGCGCUGGAACGUGACCGCCCACUUUAUCAAGAAGCUUCCACCAGAUGCAAUGACUCUAGGCAACCAUGAGUUUGAUCACAGCCCGAAAGGGCUCGCACCAUAUCUAGCCGAACUUGAUAAAGAGAAAAUUCCAACGGUUGUAGCGAAUCUUCAGCUGAAUGGAGAACCAGAGUUGAAGAAAUCUAAAAUUGCGUCCAGUAUCGUGCUGAAUGUAGGUGGACGUAAGGUUGGAGUCAUCGGCGCCCUGUACGAUAAGACACAUCUAUUGGCCCAAACGGGAAAAGUUACGUUGUCCAACUCUAUUGACGCAGUGCGAAAGGAGGCACAAAAAUUGAAGCAGGACAAGGUGGACAUCAUCGUUGUCCUGUCCCAUUGUGGGUUGGACGGUGAUAAGCAGCUGGCCGAGGAAGCUGGUGAUCUGCUCGAUGUUAUCGUAGGUGCCCACUCGCAUUCACUGCUUCUGGACAAAGAUUCGAAGGUGCCAUACGAUACGAAGUAUGAUACAAUUGAAGGAAGUUAUCCGAUUGUGGUUGAGAAGAAGGAUAAGCAUAAGGUUCUGAUCACCCAGGCACGUUCCUAUGGUAAGUACGUUGGACGUCUGACGGUGUACUUUGAUCAGAACGGAGAGGUACAGAGCUGGGAAGGACAUCCAGUCUACAUGAACAACGCGGUCCAACAAGACGAAGACAUCCUGCGAGAACUGAAACCUUGGCGUGAAGCAGUAAAGCGACUUGGAACUCAAGUUAUCGGGCAGAGUGAGGUGUUUCUGGAUCGUGAAUCGUGCCGUUGGUGUGAGUGUACCUUGGGCGAUUUGAUUUCGGAUGCGUUCGCGGAUAGGUACACGAAUGGAACGUUUAGAGCGGUAGCAAUCGUACAAGCGGGGAAUUUCCGAAAUCCAAUCAACAAAGGAGCAAUCACGAACGGGUUGGCGAUCGAAGCCGCUCCGUACGGAUCAUCGGUUGACUUGAUAAAGCUGAGCGGUGCUGAUCUUUGGAGUGCAAUCGAUCACUCGUUCACGCUGGACGACGAGUUCCGGCUGAAUACGAUGCAAGUGUCCGGCAUGACGGUGGUAGUUGAUUUGGCCAAAAAACGUAACGAGCGUGUAAAAAGCAUCCAAGUGAUCAGUGCCGAUGGAUCAUGGAAACCACUGAGCAAGCAACAGUUCUACUACGUCGCUGCACCGUCCUAUCUUGCUGACGGAAAGGAUGGAUUUGAAAUGAUGAAAAGGGGCACGGAGCGUAUCACUGGACCGCUGGAUUCGGACGUGCUGAUCGAGUACGUGCGGAAGCGCAAAACAAUCACGAAGAGUAUGUUUCAGCGGCAGCGAAUGUUGAUAGAAAAUCAUACGAACGGAACAUGUUCGUGGGAUAUGGAAGGUGAAAGAUACAAGCCCAAACGAAGAUAGAUGAUUAUUCGUUAUUGAUGAAAAACAACAUCUUAAUCCAAUCCAAUCUUAAUACAUUGAUCGUCUAAUUUUCCUGGGGUUUUGGUUACUAGCUGAAAAUGUUUCGAGUAGUUUCAUUCGUAAUUCGAAUGGUUUUAAAUAAUACUUCACUUAAAUUACUUAAAAAGAUCACAAAUUUAGUUUCACAACAUCAAAAUUGCUAAAAAAUAAAAAUAAUAAGCAUAACAUGGCACGCAAAUUGCAUAACUUCGAGUGUUCUGUAAAUCGUAAACUACCGCAUAAAGUAUGCAAUCGAAAACGCCUGAAGUUAUGCAAUUUAUAUUAUAAAUUCCUAGCUACGGGGGAUUUGGUAAGGAUGGGACUUUGGACCGGUCCCCUGUCGUGUGAAGUCCGGCGCCGUUAAUUUGUUUAAUAACUAUUGGUUUUGCCACUUAAAUACAACUUAAAAGUAAAUCAUGGAAUACUGAUAACCAUUC